UUCCGUUGAUAGUAUUUGGUUGAUAUCCACGGAAGCUUCCCAUUCAUCCACUUGCAACUAUCACUUGUGAAAACUCGUCGUGGUGGUUUCCAUGUCAAAGACAAUAACACAAACAUGCUCAACCCACAAAGAUUUGUCUUAACAAAUUGUCAUACGAGUGUCUAUUGUGGAGCAGUUUUUAGAUGGAAGAGAGUGGUAAGGAGGAAACGGAAGCCGAUGAUAAAGAAAGAGUAUUGGAAGCGUUGGAAGAUUUUCGUAGACAGCACUUGUUGCAAGUAGCUGAAACUCGCAAUUCUCUUGCCCACUCAUUUUAUACCACAGGUCAACAAGGAACUUCACAAGCUUAUCCAGCCAUGGUAGAAAAUGGAAGAUGCGAGCAAGAUAAGAAUAGUCAAUACCCAAUGGAAUGCGCCAAAGGAGUGGGAAAUGGCCAACAAAACAGACGAGGUAGACGAAAGAGGACUAUGUAUGCAACAGAAGAAGAAAGAAGAAUGGCAAGAAUCCUGAAGAACCGAAGAACUGCCGAAGAAUCUCGCUUGAGAAGAAUCCAGAGAAUACAGGAACUUCAGAACAUACUUAUAGAGUCCCAACAACGCGAAGAGAAGUUGAACGAGGAGAUUGUCCAAUUGAGACAAGAACUUGCGUCGCAGGUUGCUGAAGUAAACAGAUUGAGAGCAGCAUUGCUACGUCGACAAAAAUGAAAAUAUCGACAGCCACAAGUCAUGUAAC